AUGGUGAGCAGACAUCCUUGCCUUGUUCAGGGUCAUCUUUACCUGGUGUUGCAGGUUUUUGAAAUUGAUAUUCUGAUAUUUAUAUUUUCAGUGAAGAAAGUCAUUGAGCGUCAUGGACCCUGCUAUGACACCUGCCCAGGAAAAUGGAUUGGAUUUGGAAGUAAAUGUUUUUAUUUUUCUGAAGACAUGAGAAACUGGACAUUUAGCCGGACCUCCUGUAUAACAUUAGAAGCCCAUCUAGCUCAAUUUGAGAGCCUGGAGGAGCUGGAUUUUCUGAGGACACAUAUGGGGCCUUUUAACCACUGGAUCGGCUUGCACAGAGAAUCACAAGAGCAACCUUGGAGGUGGACAGACAACACUGAAUAUAACAAAAUAGUUCUCACCCGAGGAGAAGGAGAGUGUGGCUACCUGAGUGACAUCGGGAUCAGCAGUGCCAGAGAUUACACACAUAGAAAGUGGAUUUGUAGCAAGUCCAACAGAUCUACUGUACAGUGCCCAGAAAUUUUAAAUCAAGGAGAGUGA